AUGCAGCGGACUACCAUCCCUAUAUUCCCGGAAUCUGGUCCCUCGACAGAUCAUUCCAGACCAUCUUUAUUCGAUCUAUUAGCUCAAGACCAACUGAGAGACCUGUUUCAUCCAGUCCUUAGAUAUAUCUUAUCGUAUUUCGCACAGAGGUAUCCUAGAUAUCUAUUGAGAAUCUUGAAUCAUCAUGAGGAAUUCUUCGCUUUCUUACUGUGGAUACUUGAAAGACAUCACCUGAAGAAACAUAACGCAUCGAUAUCCGAACAUUUCUACGGACUUCGUCUUACUCCUUCUAGAAACUUAGCGACACCAAGAUUAGAUAGGUUCAGCCAAGCCAAGAGAAAAAGUAUAUCAAGAAAACAGAGAUUUGCGUUACUUGUAUUUUUAGUUGGGGUACCAUAUGUUCGAGCUAGAGCACAAGAUUACUUUGAGAGGAUGGGAGGAGGAAGGAAUCCUGAUGAAAUUGCAGAUGAAGAAAGACGAUUCGCAGUGACUAGAUCACAAAAAAUGUUCAAAUUCAUAUAUCCAUAUCUCAGCUUAGGCAUAGAUUUGACUUUCUUGGGAUAUGAUAUUGCAUAUUUGUUCGAAAAAACUCGAUAUCCUAGACCAUGGCAUAAAUGGUUAGGAUUGAAAGUGGUACGUCGAGGUUCAGAAGAUGAAGUCGAAUCGUCUGGUAUAUUAUCAAAACUUCCACCUCUCUUGCCACCACUAUUACUUCUAUUGAAAUUGUCUCAAUGGUGGUAUUCACCUUCUUCACCAAGAUCACACCCUGCCCUGUCAUCAAAUCAAAAUACGAUAGCUGCAACCCAUGCCUCUAUAUUACCUCCUCGGUCUUUGCCCAUACUUCCAGGAGUAGGAAUAUUACCUCCAUCUCCACCGCUGACGCCUACAGAGGAAGACAUGAAUUCUUUGGAAACGCGACGUGGAGUAGUAACAACUGAUCAGUCAUCCGCAUCAAAGAAACAUAUGAUCGGGAAGGAAGAUUAUGGGAAUUGCCCUUUAUGUGGAAAUAAAUGGCAGAAUCCAGCUGUGUUGCCUAGUGGAUGGGUUGUAUGUUGGCGUUGCGGCUGGGAUGCUAUCGAAGGUGAAGAAGAGGAAGAAGAGAUUGAGCAUGAGGAAGAAAAGAUGGGACAGGAACUCCAAGAAGACAUUGAUCAGGAGAAGGUGAGAGAUCUCAGAAAAGGUAGAAAGGGAAGAUGUCCCAUAACAGGGGUGGAAGUCGGUCCAGGCGAACUGAGAAGGGUGUUAGUGUGA